AUGGACACUGCCAAAACAACAACGGCGACGACGACGGAGGCAAGCAAAAUGCUAGAAGAGGCUCUGUUGCAAAUGGACGGUAUUAUAAACCAGAGUGGCGGUGGAAGAGGUUGUGGUGGUAUUGCUGGUGGUGAUCGUGGCGAUCAAGCGACUACAGCCAGCCCAAACCCAAACGGAAGUUGUAAUAUAUUAAAUGAACGCAGUGUCAUAUCCAAUGCAAAUGUUCUGUCAACAGCAAAAACAUUAGCCUUGGCCCUGCAACAGGUGGGCCUAGCUGCUCCUACUCCAGAUCCGGUUACAGCCGUAAUUAUUGGCGAAUGGCUGGAUCCCCACAUACCCAGACCCAGUGACGAUGAACGCGUUAGACGUUUAUUGCGUGAUAAAGAAUCUUUAGCUUUACAAUACCAAAUGGUAGCCGACAAAGUCUGCGAACAGGCAGAUCGCAUAGUGGAACUUGAAGGAUUACUAGCCGAGAAGACACAACAAUUGAGUGCCAAAGAUGAGCUAUUGCAACGCCAGCUAUGUACACGUUCUGAGCUGGAGACUCAAAAGCUUGAACUUAUGUCGGCCCUAAGCGAACUGAAACUGCAUAGAGCGGCCUUGGAGCGAGAAAAUAUGGAAUUGAAAAAUUUUGAAAACUUAACGGUAUCCCAGGAGCCGCUAAGGAGAAUUGCUGCCCCAUUUGGCAGCAUGGGCAACUUGCACCAAUCGACACAGUCACCAAAAACACCACCCUCCUCAUUGCGCCAUCAAAUACAUCCGCUAUAUCAUAGCUUACCCCGAUCACAAUGCCAUAAGAACAAUAACAGACCAAAGUUGCCCAUAAAUCCAAAUCAUUUGGGGGGCAACAACAACAAUAACAAUAACAGCAACCUCACAAACAAUAACAGCAAUAAAUCAUGUGAAAAUAAUAGACAGCGGAACGUUGCUUUUGCCUCGAAUGAAAAAAUACUCAUUGAUGAUGAUUGUGGCAGGGGUGGCGGUGGCAGUGGUCAGGACGGAAUGUACGACAGUUAUAUGUCUCAAUCGAAUUCGAAUUCAACUCCCUCUCCGACAUUGAAAGAACGUUCGGCGAAAGGAUUCCGUCAAAUUUUUGGCAAGCUAAGGCGCAGCAAUAGUGGAAAUCUGGAGCUGCCCGCACUGGAGCAAGCAGAGCCAGAGUUUCGUAGAGGAGAUCGUGCUAGGGCAACAGCUGGUGGUCGUAUUGAGUGGUCAACACAGACAUCGCAGGGCUCUGUAAAUUCCAAUAGGAAUUGGAAGGAAUGGACGUUGCAAGACGUUUGCAAUUGGCUGGCCGAAAUCGGCUUGCAAUGCUAUGAAGACGAAUGCAGGAAAUGGCUUAAAAAUUACCCAGCAACUUUCUUUUUCAAUGCCUCUCCUGUGGACAUUGAAAAGGAAUUGUGCCUAAAAUCUCCCUUGCACCGCAAAAAGAUUGUCUUGGCCAUAGACGAACUAUGUGGCAGAGAAGAAGACCCAUUGGCAUUGAAGGCUGCCCAACUCGAUAUAGGCUGGGUAGUGCGCUGGUUGGACGAUAUAGGCCUGCCUCAGUAUAAAGAUAACUUCUUGCAAUGCAAGGUAGAUGGGCGUAUGCUACAUCGUCUGACUAUGGAGGACUUGACUCACCUGCAGGUGACAUCAUGUCUACACAUUGCCUCUCUAAGAAGAGGCAUACAGUGUAUGCGUGAAAUGGAUUGGAAUCCGGAAUGUUUAAUAAGACGUUCGACAAAGGUGCCAAAACGUAACAGUUCCGAGUUGCCAGACGAACAAACCGAAGAAGUUGUCGACACCAGUCUGGAGUAUAUAGCAUUGUGGACAGCACACCGUGUUAUGGAGUGGUUACGUGUAGCAGAUUUAUCUGAAUAUGCUCCGAAUUUAAGAGGCGCUGGGGUACAUGGUGCUUUAAUGUUGUACGAACCCAGAUUUAAUGCCGAGUUACUGGCCGACCUAUUGAGUAUACCACCCAGCAAAACCCUGUUGCGACGUCAUUUGGCCACACACUUCAAGGAACUUUUGGGACGAGAUGUAAUCCAAGGUAAACGAGAUACUGAGGCCCAGCCUAACUAUCAGCCACUGACCAUAACAGCAAAGCUGAAGCCACCCAAAAAGACUCAAUUCUCUUUGAAGCGAAGAAAAUCUACAAAAGGUCUAACAUGUGGUGGCACUGAAAUCGAAUGGACCGACUAUGUAUGCCCCAUGAACGGGGGCUCGUCGAACGAACAACAGCAUCAUAACAACUCCAACACAUCAUCAUCGUCAACAAACUCGACCAGCAAUUCAACCCAAUUGCAGUAAA